GUUUGAAGACUAUGCGGGAAUUUUUAUUUUCACUCCAUCAACAUCGAAAAGUAUAUAAACAUACGACACCAAGAUACAAAUACCUCAUUCUAAUCACAAUUUGUCUCCAAAUAAACUACAAAGAUGUAUACUUCUUCCUUUUCCGCUCUUGUGUUGAUCUCUUUGAUCGGCUCAAGCACGGCAUUCAACAUCAACUUUAUCAACAAAUGCACUUAUACUGUUUGGCCUGCCAUCGGUGAUGCACCCAACGGUCAGCCAAACGAAUCUAUCCGCUUCGGAGAUCGAUUGAACCCGGGUCAAUCAGUUUCUCACGGCAUUGAUGAUCACGCAGUUGGCGUUCGCGGCUGGGGUCGUACAGGAUGUGAUAGCAAUGGAGCGAAUUGCAAAACUGGCGCUUGCAACGGUGGCCUUGUUUGCACUGACGCUGGCAUCACAUCUCAUGCUCUUUUGAGUGAAUACGGUUACGGCUCGAACAACCGAAUCUACUGGGACCUAUCAUUCGUUGGAGGUACAGUCAACAUUCCCGCUGAACUGCAAGGUCCAGAUGGCCAAAGUGUUACCUGCAAAAACACAAAUUGCCCUACUAAUCAAGCAUUCCACACUUCAGGUGAUUACGGCGCUAUCCGUAAUUCCGCUCUUGGCGGUACUUAUAAUCAUAUCUUCUGCCCUUAA